AUGGAUCAGAGUAAUUAGCAAUAUGUAAAAAAUAUGUAUAUUUCAAACUAGGAUUAUUGAUAUUUAUAUUAAGAAAUUAAUAUUAUAUUUAGAAAAAACGGAUGAUUGAUCGUGUGAUUAUAAGUUUGGCAAUAUUGUUGAUGGUUGGAAAUAACUAUGCCUUUGACAUACCUUAAGCACUUGAGAUCCCGAUCGAAAAAGAGUUUAAAUUAACAUAAACAUAAUUCAAUUUGUUAUACAGCAUAUUUGCAGUUCCAAAUAUAGGAUUGUCUAUAGGAGGAGGUAUCAUGAUAGAUAGAAUGGGGGGAAGAUGGGGAGUAAAGAAUAUAGAAUAAAUAGGUAUUUACAUUUUCAUUAAUGCUUGGAUUGUCAUAAUUAUUUAUAGCAUUUGGUGGAUGUUAUUAAAAAUACUACAUGAUGUUAGUAGGGAGAGCAAUAUUUGGAAUUGCAAGUGAUUUAUUGCAUAUAGCAGUGUUUAAAGUGAUAGCAAGAAGGAUGCCACAUUGUUUAGGGACAGCAAUGGGAUUAAUUUUAACAGUUCCAGAAUUAGCUGCAGCUUUAAAUUCAAUUUUAUCGCCGUAUUUAUUUGAAAAAACUCAUUCAUUAGAGUUGCCUCUACUAUUUGGAUUAUCAUUAUGCAUUUUGGUAGAGUUUAGGAUUAUAUAAUUAGUCAUUUUUAUCAGGAUUAUUAAUGAUAUAUUUAGAUACAAAAUAUGAUUAAAGUGUUGGAAAAGAACCAGAUGAAGAAGUUUCAUUAUCUUAAUGUAAUUUUAAAUAAUCUAAAUUAGUUAAGCUUAGCAAACCAUUUGUAAAAAUGAGUUUAAUUACAACAUUAAUGUUGGCUGCGUAUGUUCCAUUUUUAGAUAAUGCAAAUAAAUUUUAUCAUGAGAGAUUUGGGUUUAGUAUUAUGCAUGCUGGUAGAAUUGUUACUGUAGGAUAUAUUGUAGCAGGUAAUCAAUAUUAAUAUUGAAUAAUUUAGCUAUAUCCUCUCCAAUAAUUGGUAAAAUUAGUGAUUCUUUUUCUCAUAAACGCCAGACCCUAAUCAUCAUUUCAACUUUCAUGUUCUUUUUANAAAUAGGGCAAUUAAAAAGUAAAUUCUAAAUUAAGUAAGUGAAAUUUUAAAGAAUAUUAAAAACAAGUACUAAGUUUAAUAAAGAAAAGGAUGGAUCAGAGUAAUUAGCAAUAUGUAAAAAAUAUGUAUAUUUCAAACUAGGAUUAUUGAUAUUUAUAUUAAGAAAUUAAUAUUAUAUUUAGAAAAAACGGAUGAUUGAUCGUGUGAUUAUAAGUUUGGCAAUAUUGUUGAUGGUUGGAAAUAACUAUGCCUUUGACAUACCUUAAGCACUUGAGAUCCCGAUCGAAAAAGAGUUUAAAUUAACAUAAACAUAAUUCAAUUUGUUAUACAGCAUAUUUGCAGUUCCAAAUAUAGGAUUGUCUAUAGGAGGAGGUAUCAUGAUAGAUAGAAUGGGGGGAAGAUGGGGAGUAAAGAAUAUAGAAUAAAUAGGUAUUUACAUUUUCAUUAAUGCUUGGAUUGUCAUAAUUAUUUAUAGCAUUUGGUGGAUGUUAUUAAAAAUACUACAUGAUGUUAGUAGGGAGAGCAAUAUUUGGAAUUGCAAGUGAUUUAUUGCAUAUAGCAGUGUUUAAAGUGAUAGCAAGAAGGAUGCCACAUUGUUUAGGGACAGCAAUGGGAUUAAUUUUAACAGUUCCAGAAUUAGCUGCAGCUUUAAAUUCAAUUUUAUCGCCGUAUUUAUUUGAAAAAACUCAUUCAUUAGAGUUGCCUCUACUAUUUGGAUUAUCAUUAUGCAUUUUGGUAGAGUUUAGGAUUAUAUAAUUAGUCAUUUUUAUCAGGAUUAUUAAUGAUAUAUUUAGAUACAAAAUAUGAUUAAAGUGUUGGAAAAGAACCAGAUGAAGAAGUUUCAUUAUCUUAAUGUAAUUUUAAAUAAUCUAAAUUAGUUAAGCUUAGCAAACCAUUUGUAAAAAUGAGUUUAAUUACAACAUUAAUGUUGGCUGCGUAUGUUCCAUUUUUAGAUAAUGCAAAUAAAUUUUAUCAUGAGAGAUUUGGGUUUAGUAUUAUGCAUGCUGGUAGAAUUGUUACUGUAGGAUAUAUUGUAGCAGGUAAUCAAUAUUAAUAUUGAAUAAUUUAGCUAUAUCCUCUCCAAUAAUUGGUAAAAUUAGUGAUUCUUUUUCUCAUAAACGCCAGACCCUAAUCAUCAUUUCAACUUUCAUGUUCUUUUUAUCCCAUUUACAACUCUAUUAUAUGCCUCAUUCUACACAUCCCAAUUACAUGUCUGUUUUCGCGUAAUUUAUAUUUUCUAAAUAUGUGAAGUUUGAUAACUUUGGGAUUAUCUUAUGCUUGUUAUUCUAGUAUUCUUAUGCCUGCAUUAUAAUCUACAGUACCUGAAAAUAUGUUAGGUAUUUUAACUGUUUUAUUAAGAGCUACUGCUUUGGGAAUAUUAGGAAUCAUAGAAAAUAUAUGCAUGGCAACCGUUCCUAUGCUUUCAGGAUUUGUUUACACUUUUUUAAAGGGACAAAAAGAUAGAAUGAGAGAUGUUGAUAUUAUUUAUUUAGUAUUAGCAGGUAUUGGAGUUUGUUUAUCCAUUAAUGCAUUACCUUCUUAAGAAAAAAACUUUAAAAAUCAAAAAGAUGCAAUCAAACACUUGCAUUAAAAAUCUGAAGAAAAUUAAAAUUUCAUUUGA